AUGGCCUCUGCUUACCGUCCGCCUCUCGAUGUAUCCUGCGCGUCGGCCAUGGCGAGAUCCCCCGCCGCCGGCCGGUCCGCCCGCCGACACCGAGCUCUUCUCCCCCGCUGCUCUGGCACGGAGCCGGGCUCCGCCGCUCGCCGCCCCCGCCAGCCAUUCGCCUCUCGGGAUGCGAUUAAGCGGCAUCGGAGGACCGGAGGUGUCCUCAGCGGGCGUCGCGGCACUAGUAAGCUCAUCGUCAUCACUCUAGACCGACUGAUUUCCCCCUUUUUCAUCUCCCCUCUCGGAUUGCAAGCCUUUCCGAGUUGUCGAUCUCGUGUUCUUGCCAUUAGCCCUAGCACCGUUUCCGCUCUGUGGGCGUUUUCCGUGAUUUCAAAAUCCCGUUCCGUGUUGGGCACCGUGUCGUAGUUUUCCCAAUUCCCUCCGAUUACCAGUUCUGGCCACGCUGUGGGUCUCCAGGGCCCAUCGCACUUGAGAACCACCUCGCCGACGAGGCCCACCUGAUCGCCCUGCCUCUUUCAGCUGAGUCCGUCACGGCGAGCACCUGGGCGGUCUCCGUCCAGUGCAGCGACUCGCUCGUCCUGGUGGAGUUCUGGGCCGCCUGGUGCGGCCCCUGCGGCAUGGUCGCCCGCAUCGUCGACGAGAUCGCCCAAGAAUUCGACGGCCAGAUCAGGUGCUUCAGGCUCGACGCCGAUCGGGACCCCCAGGUCGCCGUUGACCAAGGGGUUGACCGCAUCCCCACGGUUCAGCUGUUCUUCAAGGGGAGGAAGCUGAGGAGCAUCGUCGGCACGAUGCCGAAGUCCGUCUAUGUGGCGGCGAUCGAGUCCGCCCUGGCUUCAUAA